AUGGCUCAGAGUGACUUCCUCUACCCACAAAACCCAAGGAGGCGACAGCAAGUGAACCACCUUCAUCAGCAGCUGCUGGACCACUUGGCUGACAGCUUCCAGGUCACCAACAAGCUCACAGGGGUUCUCAAUACCCACUUGGGUUGCAGGCUGGCCUUCAUUGAAAUGAAAAGUGAUGGAACCAUCAAAGAAAACUGUGACAUCAUUAUCCAAGCCAUGACAAAAAUCCAAGAGGAACUGCAAAAGGUUGAUGAGGCACUGAAAGACCAACUAGAGCCAACCCUUUAUAGAAAGCUGCAGGAUAUUAAGGAAAGGGAGACAGAAAAGAUUGCCAUCGUGCAAAAGGUCAUUUCUGUCAUCCUGGGAGAAGCUACAUCUGCAGCCAGUGCAGUGGCUGUUAAACUGGUGGGCUCAAAUGUCACAACAGGCAUAAUUAGCAAGCUGGUCUCUGUGCUGGCUCACAUCGGGACUUCUCUCCUUGGAAGCAUUGGUGUUGCCGUGCUCAGCCUCGGGUUAGAUAUGAUCAUUCAAGCCAUCUUGGGAGCAGUGGAGAGAACACAGCUUCAGGCAGCCAUCAAAAGUUAUGAGACGCAUUUGGAGGAGUUCAAGGCUGCCUCAGAAAAGUACCAUCAUGCUAUCACCGAGGUCACCACUGCUGUAAAGCGCCAGUUAAGAUGAA